AUGAACUACGACUUGAAUACGUAUAUAGCUAUAACCCUCGCUCCAGGCUCUUCGUUAUCCCGGUCCCCAGUCUCACUGGCAUCUGUACACCCUGCAUUGGCUCAUAUGGGUCAAGUCGGCGAGUUGAUCGACGUACAGCUUGUCAGCGUCACACUGUUGGAGAUGAUAUUCUGGCUUCGUUACGGUCUCGGUCUUCAGAAGGUGUUGUCAGUGUGGAGAUUCAGCAGCCCAGGCAGCGAGUCAAACGAGGUGGAGACGAACUGUGAAAUGGGUUCAAUUGCGAGGAAUUCAGAUUCUUUCUCAAUUGGAGCAUAG